AUGAUGAACCGCGCUUCGACUAGGCUUCUCUCUACCUCGGCUCGCGUCCACCCAAGCUACCUCCCCUACCUGCACAAUGCCUCCCGGAACCAGGGCAAGGGACUGAAAUGGGCCCCGCCCCUUGCAGCAGCCCUGGCCACAACAGGCUACGCCGUAGCAUCCUACUUCCAGGAUUCGACCACCACCGAGCAACGACAGGCGACUCUGGCCGCUGAGCGGGAGCGUGAGGAGGCCCGCCGGCAGGCCAUCGCCGACGCAUACGGUGACCGUGACAGCCUGGAGGCUCUUGAGAGGGCAGUGGCCGUUUAUGAGGCACAGACGAGGGAGCGAGGACACUGA